AUGGCUUCUCCGCUAAACGAGAAAAACACGGCCGUUUGGGACGAGAAGAGCCUCUGGGACGACGCGGAGAUGCCGCUGACGUGGACUGUUGAGGCGUCGCGGAUGUCACUGUCCAUCGAGAACCCCAUCCGCAAGAUCACGGACUCUCUCGCCGCCGUGCUCGCCGCGCCUGCUGCGUCUGCUGCGUCUGAUGCCGCGCCCGUCGCUCCUCCGAAGCCGUUGAUCUCGCUGGGUCAAGGGGAUCCGACGGCGUUCGGACAUUUGAAGCUGCCGGAUGUGGCGGUGCGCGCCGUGCAGGACGCUAUAGCGAGUGGUCGUUAUAACGGGUACCCGCCUUCUAAUGGACUGCCUGACGCACGGAGGGCGGUGGCUGAAUUUUGCUCCACGUCAGCACUGGAAACGCUCCCUCCUGCCACGUCAGCAGGGUGCGCGCCCACGUGCUCAGCUACUGACGUGUACAUUACUGGAGGCUGCGGCCCGUCCAUCCAACUGUGCCUAGACGCGCUAGCCAAUCCGGGCAGAAAUAUUUUGCUGCCCCGCCCGGGAUUUCCUGUCUACGAGUGCAUGUGUCUGCACUCCGGUUUGGAGCCCAGAUUUUACGACCUCCUGCCCGAGAAGGACUGGGAGGUGGAUCUCGGGCAGGUUGCAAAACUUCGUGAUGAGAACACGGUGGCUAUACUGGUGUGCAAUCCAGGGAAUCCCUGCGGGCAGGUCUAUUCUCGGCAGCAUCUGGUGGAGAUCCUCACCACAGCAGCGGCCCUCCGUCUACCAAUCAUAGCCGACGAGGUGUACGAGGGCAUCGCCUUCCAGGAAGCUUCGCCCUUCAUCCCUCUGCGUGCUGCCGCCAUGCAGCUAGCCCUGCAACAUCCACAGCAACCCCGACAAACCCAUGCCGACCACGCUGCUAACUCGACCGCAGCAGCCGGCAGCAAUGGGGUGGUUGGUAACGGGCAAAGCAUAUCUCCUGCAGCAGCAGAGGCAGCGGACAGUGUGCCGAUACUGACAGUCAGCUCCUUGUCAAAGCGCUUCCUGGUGCCGGGGUGGCGGGUGGGGUGGAUCGCAGUGCACGACCCUCACCACAUCCUGAAGGAUGCUAGGGUCAUCGAGUCUUUGGAGCGAAUCCUGCAGUACGCCCCUCAGCCGUGCUCGCACACUCCCAUGUUCCAAUGCUCCCAUGUGCGCAUGCUUCCAUGCUCCCAUCCCAUUCCAUCCCUCCAGGUCAUUGAGUCUUUGGAGCGAAUCCUGCAGUAUGCCCCUCAGCCAUGCUCCCUCAUCCAGGCCGCCCUCCCUGCCGUUCUCAACACCACGCCGCCCUCCUUCCUUCGCGACCUCACCUGCCAGCUGGCAGAUGCCGCCCGCACCAGCCUGUCUCGGGUCGGCGCCAUUCCGGGCCUGGAGUGUCCCAGUGAACCGCAGGGAGGCAUGUUCCUCAUGUCCGGUCCGUUCGUCGCAGGAGUCGCGGUGGCAACGGCGGCUCUCGCGGCGCGGUACGGCAUAGAGGCGUGGCAGGCCUUUAAAACGCGACCCGUGGUGCCGCGCAUUCGGCGCUUCUACGAGGGGGGCUUCCAGCCUACUAUGACGCGGCGCGAGGCUGCUCUGAUUCUUGGGAUCAGGGAGAGUGCAGCUCAGGAGAAGGUGCGGGAGGCCCACAGGCGAGUGAUGACAGCCAAUCACCCGGACGCAGGUGGCAGCGACCUACUGGCGUCCAAGAUCAACGAGGCUAAGGACGUGCUCAUGGGCCAGUCCAAAGGCAGCGGGUCCGCCUUUUGA